AACAGCAGCAACAGUAAGUCAGAGACCUCGGUAGCUUGCUAGACAAAAUAGACGAACCAAUAAACCGCUUUAGACGCUUUCGUGUUUAUUAGCCACUGUAUUUUAAACUCACUACUGUCGUCUACUUAGUUAUCCGAUUUAAUUUCAUAUUUACGGUGUUGUUAUUAGUCAGCUAGCGCGCUUGUUAAGUUAGCAUUAGCCUAGCUAGCUAACAUAUCUGACCAUGAGUUCACUAAGCUGCUCUCCUCCUGAUAAAGAAGAGGUGGUCUGCUGGACGGAGAAAGAAGCUCUGGUGAAAGAGGAGGAGGAAGUUACAAUACAAAAACUAGUAGAGGGUGAGGCUGUUACGGUGAAAGAAGAAGAGAAAGACGUCUCAGUUAAAGAAGAGGAAGACGCGUUCAGAGUGAAAGAGGAGGAGGAUGUUACAGUAAAAGAAGAGGAGGAAGAGAAAGAGGAGGAUGCGGUUUUUGGAGUGAAAGAGGAGGAGGAGGAGGUGACUGUCACAUCCAAAAAGGAGGAGGAAGAAGAUGAGGAAACUGGAUAUCUGGGCCCGGUUUCCCAAACGCAUCUUCAGGCGUCCGAUGGUUCUAACAAUGAACUAAUCCGUAAGAUGGUUUUGAGAAACCGGGCCCUGAUUAACACUAGAGAGAGAUGUGACUAUCGUGGAUCCUCUGGGGAGCCUCAACAACAUCAUGAGACAGAGAAAAGUCUCUCCAGAUCAGAACUCCUCAAGAAACACCAGCAGAGACCCACAGGGAAGAAAUCUCACUUCUGCUCUGACUGUGGGAAAGGUUGCAAAUCUUCAUCAGAACUUAAAAUACACCAGCGAGUACACACAGGAGAGAAAUCUCACUGCUGCUCUGACUAUGGUAAAAGAUUAAACUCUUCAGUAAAACUUAAAAUACAUCAAAGAUUACACAAAAGAGACAAACCAUAUGGCUGUGCUCAAUGUGGGAAGAGUUUUUCUUCAUCUAGCUAUCUCAUUGUACACAAGAGAACACACACAGGAGAGAAACCUUAUAACUGUGAUCAAUGUGGGAAGAGUUUUACUUCAUCUGGCCAGCUGACGUUACACCAGAGAACACACACAGGAGAGAAAUUGUAUAGCUGUGAUCAAUGUGGGAAGAGUUUUACUCGAUCUGACCAUCUGACUUUACACCAGAGAAUACACACAGGAGAGAAGUCUUAUAGCUGUGAACAAUGUGGGAAGAGUUUUACUAGAUCUGACCAUCUGACUUUACACCAGAGGAUACACACAGGAGAGAAAUCUUAUAGCUGUGAUCAAUGUGGGAAGAGUUUUACUAGAUCUGACCAUCUGACUUUACACCAGAGAAUACACACAGGAGAGAAACCGUUUAGCUGUGAUCAAUGUGGGAAGAGUUUUACGACAUCUAGCUAUCUGACUAUACACCAGCGGACACACACAGGAGAGAAACCUUAUAGCUGUAAUCAAUGUGGGAAGAGAUACUCUGGUAAAAGAUCUCUGAUUAAACAUCAGAAAAUACAUGGAGUUGUUUCAUGAUAUCAAUGAAAUAAUGUCACAAUGUAGAAUGUUUUAACAUAAUGUCACAAUGUAGAACCCUAAAUGUUUCUCCCCUCCCUGUUCUAUUAAUUUCCACAUUAAAUGGAUAUUAGCCUCAGGGGAAAAAUCUAGGCUCUGAAUUGAAAGAGUACUAUGAUGUCACAAUGUAGAAUCCUUUAUUUAUGAGAUUUAACAAAAAGUGACAACAAAAAGAGUUGUUACACUGACCACGUUGACCACCCACUUGAAUCAAAAUGUAGCCAGCUGUUUUCUACAAGUUGUCCUCUAACCAGGGAUGUACACAUUAUUCCCAGAUUCCGUGUGGUUUUUGCUGCGUUAGUUUUAACAGGACGUGCAACCUCAUCUCCCUCCUUUCGCACAAUUGAUUUCAACAUGAUAUUGAUGAGUGAUGACAAAUAAGUAUUGCGUUCCUUUGUUUAGUGACCCCUACAUUUAAAUGCAUCACUCCAAAAUGUAGCUGACUGUCUUCUGCAGGUUGUCCUCUAACCAGUGAGGUGAAAUAUAUCUCCCAUUUCCAUUUGUUUUUUUAGUUGUGUUCGUUUCAACGGCACGUACAACCUGAUUUCCCCCCUAAUCGAUAUCAUUGAUUUAUUGCUACUUGUCAAAACAACAGCGUUUCUGGUGCUUGUGCAGUUUAUUUCAGGUGCUUGUUUAAGAAAAAUUCAAGUAAUAUGAUUAUUGUGGAAGAUGUUUGUGUAUAUAGCACAUUUUAUGUUUAGGCUUUCAAUAUAUCACAAACUGUUUCUGCAUAUUGGUUAUUGAUAAUGGAAUGUAUAUGUUUAAGGUAAUGACUAAAGGAUUCCACCCUGAAACGUAUAACUGUGUAAAGAAUUAGAAUUAAUAAACUGUAAUUCUCUAAUGUGUGUGCGUAGGACAAGUUAAGACUUUACUAUUUAGCAAUUCAAGUGAGACAUUCAAGGAAAAGAGGAACUGUUAACAGACAGCUUGUGACAGACAACUUGUGACCACUGUAAAACUGAUAACAGGAAGGAGGUCUCCCCACCCAGGGAGGGGAGAAACCGUUAGGCUUGCAGUAGAUUAUGUAACAUGUUUCAGGAUAUGAUAAGCAAUGUAUGUGUUGGAGAAGACUUGUAACCAGCAUUGACAGUGUUUGAGAAGAGUAGGGGUAUUUAUAUGACCAAAUGUGAGGUAUAAAAGGCUAUGUGCUUGUAUGGUUUUCGGAGCUCUCUGAAUAAAGAACUUACCCUUUGCAGAAA